AUGUUCGCUCUGUGGCAGAGAAACCAUCCACGCUCUGAUAAUUUGCUUGAAAAGCCGCUGGGUAAGUUGAUGGAGCGGACAACUGCUUCGCGAGCUGCUAGGCAAGGAGGGCAAACAGUGUUCUUUGAUGAUGAGAACAUGUCGGAUUUACCUUCUUUGGAGGUUGAUGACGGUACCGGAUUUGGCAUGAGCGAAGGACCGGAAAUGUUUGCAGGUCUGGAAUGGCUUUCUGGGUCUUUGUUCUAG